AUGGCAUCUGUCGUCAAUUUCCUCUCAAAUGUGCUCUCCCGCCCCGUGGAGUCCUACUGCAGCUUUGGUCCGACGGUGAGUGAAAUCACCUUUGGACUGCUGGGGUACUCCUUCAAUCCGGAGCGCGACAUCAACGAUCUAUCAGGGAAGGUUGUUUUCGUCACUGGAGGCAAUGCCGGUCUAGGGAAAGAAACCGUCCUCCAACUCGCUCGUCACCGCCCAUCGCGCAUCUACCUCGCUGCGCGGAAUGCGACCAAAGCCGAAGACGCCAUCGCUUCAAUCCGGGAGCAGGUGCCAUCCGCCGAUAUCAGACACAUAGCCCUCGACCUGUCCUCAUUCAAGUCGAUCCGUGCCGCUGCCGAGCAGUUCACGUCAAAAUGCGAUCGCCUGGACCUCCUGGUUCUCAACGCCGGAAUCAUGAACUGCCCGCCCGCUCUGACAGAGGAAGGAUUCGAGAUUCAAUUCGGGACAAAUCAUAUCGGUCAUUUCCUACUCACCCAGCUACUACUGCCCACGCUGCAACGAACGGUUGAACUUUCCAGGGAUGUCCGAGUAGUAACAUUGGCCUCUGCCGCGAAUGUCGCCGCGCCUCCCUACGAUGUCAUGACUUCUACGCCGGCUCUAUUAGCCGACCACACAUUGACCCGGUACAGUGCCUCGAAGGCAGCGAAUAUCCUUUUUGCGUCGGAGCUGGCUCGUCGCCAUCCGGAGAUUCUGUCUGUCGCGGUACAUCCCGGUUCCGUCGUGAGUGAACUAUGGGACCAUACGAUUAAGACGGGUGUCGUAGCCAAGUACACUAUCGGCGCCAUCCUUGCGUUCAGUCGGAGCAUACGGAGCGGCGCACUCAAUCAGCUCUGGGCCGCAGGGGCGAGCAGAGAACUGUUGACCAACGGGGCUUAUUAUGUUCCCAUUGGGGUGCACGCCACGGGCAACGGGUAUGCGAAGGACGUCGAAAUGGCACGGCGACUGUGGGAGUGGACUGAGCAGCAGAUUGCGGAGAAAUCGUAA